AUGGACGAUGAAGAUGACCUAGGUCCCGAAAUACCAUAUCUCAGUGCCAUAGGAGCUUUAAUGUACUUGGCAUAUCACACACAGCCUGAUAUAAGCUUUGCCGUGAACCUACUAUCUAGGUUUAGCUCCUAUCCGACCCAGAGGCAUUGGAAUGGGAUCAAACAUCUAUCAUUGUUUACUUCCAAACCAAAGGACUCACGCCUUGACUUUCCUCUUCCUCCAAGCCCUCCAUCUCGUCCCGUCAUCGGCCAUCUCCAUCUUUUACUCUCUGUUCUAAUCCACAAGUCUUUUCAGAAACUUUCCUCCAAGUACGGACCAUUCCUCUACCUCCGCAUCUUCAACGUUUUCAUAGUCCUCGUCUCCUCAUCCUCAAUAGCCUACGAGAUUUUCAAGAAGCAUGACAUGAUCGUCUCCUUCCGUGGCCUCCUUCCAAGACACGAGUCACUCUUGUUUGGUUCUUCCACUUUCCUCAUGGCUCCGUAUGGAGAUUACUGGAAGUUUAUGAAGAAGCUCAUCGUCUCAAACCUUCUCGGGUCCCAAGCACUUGAGCGUUCACGAGGCAUCCGUGCCAAGGAGAUAGAGAAGUUUUACUCAAACCUGCUUGAUAAGUGA